AAAUUGUAAAUUAUAAAUUAAAACUAUAUUAAGAUGGGGCAGGAUUCCAUUUUACAGUGGGUGCGAAAGCUGGGGGAGAAGGGGCCCCGAAGUGAACUGGAAUUACUUAUUCAAAAUACUCCAACAAAAAAGUUAAUAGAGACUCUUAAUGAGACAAUGGCGCGCAGCGAGGGAAUAACCUUUUGGAACUACCUCCUCCUGGGUUUUGUUUCCAACAGCGAAGAGUCCAGGCAGAAACGAUUCGCCUGCGUCCAGAGUUUCAUGGACGGACUUCGUUGUGUGGAGCUGAGUUACAAGCAGACAUUCGACCUGAUCACGCGUCUCUCUCAGGAUCUGUCCACCUUUCCCUCCGAACAGCUGGCCUGGAUUGUGGAGCACUGCGUGGACGGAAUGCGACAGGGAGAUGCCAAGUGUGUGGGCUGGAAGGACCUGUUGCCGGAUGCACUUUCCCUGCUCUUGGGGAGGCCGAGGUUUGUGGUAAAUGGGAUUGGAUUAGAUGGACUUGAGUAUAGAAACAACACGGUCAAAACUAUUUCGACAAUGCAAUGGCCAUCCACGAUCUUAACGCCAAUUGCUGACAUGCUUAAAACUAUGAAUCUCAGCAAUGCAGAACUUCUGACGGUUCUGAACAAGUUUUCGGCCGCUCUGCAGGAACUGUCCCCCAUGGAACUUCCAGCCCUCUGCUUCCAGCUUUUUUCAAUGUGCAACAGUGCUUCGCAGCUCAUUAUGCCUCUAUUGGCGCUGGAGAAGUACUUUCAUCGCAACUUUUACAAGCGUCUCUUUUCUGAUAUGUGCAGUAAUUCCACCAAUUUUGAUAGCAUAGAUUCUUUUUCGGACAACGAGCUCCGUGAGGCGGAGGAAACCAUUCUACACCAUUUGAACUACUGUACUAUGUAUAAGCUCAACGAGCAAAAUUUGGUUAUUAUGCUAAGGAACUUUUCGCAUAUGCCAGAUGUAGUUUUGACGCCCUUUAUGCUAAGUGCCAUCAUUUCCAUGACCAGUAUUAAUCGGGAUCCCGAAUCUGCCCGAAACUCUCAUUCAAUUUUGCUGCCUUUCUUGCGGAAUGUCAUCAACAAUAACGAAGAGGAACGCACCUUGGCAGACUACUCAGUAUGGUAUCGGGAUACACUGCAGCGGAAACAAGUCGACUUGCAACAGGUGUUCAAUGUGCUCAUCGACCAGAACAAAGAUGGCAAAGAUGUCAUUACCCCGGGACUUGUCCACCUAGUAUUUUCGCUGCUCAAGUCGCACUCGACAAAGUUGCACACUUUGGCCAUAACUUUUCUUACAAAAUUUAUUCGCAAGCGUUUCAUAUUUGGUCAGGGGAUAAUAAAGCUUGUUUCCGAGUGGAUGAUAGUCUUUCAAGAUCAGAAUCAGUUUUCAGAGUGCCUAACGCUCUUAAGUGUUGCGGAUACGUUUACAGUUUCAGAAUGUUCAAAGACCAUUGAGACGGUUUUGGAGCACAUGCAAUGGCUUUCCGGAGAGCAAGCCAUGCGUAUGAUGAACUUUAUAUUACCGCUCCUAAAAAUAUCUAAUCGUGUUCGAGAUGCUCUGAUUGAUGUACUUUGCAAAGCCAUGAGUUCCAGUUGCAUUCAGAAACGUCGCAUGGCAAUCUAUGGGUUCUGCAUGAUUCUGAAGCAGUUGAACAACAGCAACGCGGCUCGUCAGACCUCCAGCGCUACUAGCUAUUGCACACAGCAUAGCAUCUCUGGAUACUCCAUGAUGUCCCAGAGCACAUUUGGAAGUAGGAGCAACCCGCAAAGGAAUUUCGACAUGCUGACGCUUGAAAUCAUUGGUUUGCUGAGGAAUUGCCUUCAGCAACAAUUUGAAAUACGUUGUACGCUUUAUGAAAAUCUUCAAAGAGCUGUGGAGCUGAAUGCCAAGCUCGUAAUCCAUGUUCUCCAAGUCAUCGAUUGGCAUUUUAGGAGUUUUUUUGAUACUCCUUCUGAAGAAGAUGUUUUAGAUAACUUGGACACGGUCUUCCGUAUUCGCUACGAUAACCUGGUUAGCGCCAACGAUGACCAACACAUGGAAAUUCAACUGAAAGAUAAUCUCGGAAGACUCAUUCAGUUUGUAGGCAACUGUCUGGCCAUUUUCGAACGGGCUCCGACAGGCUACGAUGCACGAGAGAUGAACCGGCUUUUGAACCUUUGUGUGCAGCGGAUGGUGGACAAUAGACUUCCCCUAGAAGACACUUCACCUCCAGCCACGCACCUAAAGUGUGCCCUCGUGUUGCAGCAAAUGAAUAUAAUCGAGGGAAUCAUUUCUCACCUGUUGCUAUCCUCCAAACCCAGCAAUGAACAAAUAUCUCACAUUUUACCACUUUUUAAGAUGCAUACCAAGCUUACUGAAAAUCAUAAGGCUUUGGCAGGUGCUUCCAAAAAGGCUCACAAACAAUCAAAGCAGGGCACUAACACUGAAAGCAGCAAUAUUACAUUGAAUGGCGUUCAGGUUAAGAAUAUUUGUCCGCAGCCGGAAAACAUUUGGGAUCUGACUAUAUUGGAAAAAUUGCUCCAUCUUUUGCUUGACGAUGUAGUUGCCUUUGCUGCUCCGGAAAAGACUGUUCUGCUGCGGUCCCACCAGCCUCUGGUUCAAUAUGUUCUGCAGAUCUGCGCCAAAAAAGUGCAAUCCAUUCGACAGGAACCAGAUUACAAGCAGCUAUCUUACAGUAAGCGGACCCUAAAGCAACUGACUGAUAUUACCAAAGUCAUAUAUGAACGCUGCAUCCGUCGGCUGCCAGAGUUGUGGAAAAAUUUUGACAUGCAGAGCUCGGCACUAGCUGCCGAGUGUUUUAUGGAAUGCCUGCGAACUGCCCACGAGAUUUAUCCGAAGAAAUUCAGUGAUUUUGUAAAGGGAUUUGACAUGGCAACUUUGACCAAGAACAAAGAAUCCGUUCUCGUCAUCCAGGAUGUCUUGGAUGCGUUUAUGGAAGAGUACGGCAGUGAUGAAUCGAUUUGCAAGGAUGAGUUCGUAGCGAAACUACCCAUUUGGCUCUUUGAGGCACUGGAGAUUAUGUUGGAUCACAUUCAGUACGAUGAACGGUUAGCCACGGACUCAUACACUUGGCUCUUGAACUUUUGUUGCAACAACGAGAUCUUGAAUGCCGACAUGGGCCUGGUUCAUAGAAUCCUUUUCGUUCAGCGACAGAAAACACACCUGGGACCAUUUUUUGACAAUAUCGCCAAGCAAUUGGGGAGUGUACUCGGCGCCUUAAACGAUGACGUGCCUGUAGAUUCCGUAGGUCCGAACCUGAAGUCCAUAAGCAUCGUGACUGUGGAGAGUUGCUUACAACAUCUGUACACUGCUGUCCAAAAGCAACUGGCAGAUGUCGAUUACUUUGUGACGAAAGCUAAUAAUUUAAACUACAAAUGCCAGAUUGUCCCUGAAUCUGACCAAAUAUACUGGCGUGGCAACCUGGACGUAAUGGAUCGUUCCAUAUGCACUCGAAUCAUUCACAUCUCGAGGACUUUGCUGGCGCUCACCAACGUCUGCAUUCCCCUGGGGGCUUCCAUGGACGGUCUUCUGAAACUACUGAUCCAGCUCUACACCUGUAUGAAGAACCUGACGAAACACUUUCUGUCUUGCUGCUCCUCGGAUCCGAGCAACACAAGUAUUCGCAACACAAAAUUCGAACUUCUGCUGCGGGAUGUGGGAAAACAGCUGCCUACUAACAUAUAUGAGCUAAUUAACUACAUCGAAGCAAAUGCCAUAGACGAGGAAGCUCAGCAGCAUCUCAAAAAGCGAAAGGUUCAGGCCGAGCGGGCGAAAGUUCUGAGGGAGACCCGAAUGAUUCCCAAGGUUAUAAUGGUUAUUGAAGACUUCAAUAAGCAUAUAAUUCUGCUUUCAAAGAAAACAAAGGCUCAGAACAGGCUGACCGAUUACUUACACUUUGGUACCAUGCGCGACUUCGACAUUAAGUCGACGGAUCUAAAGGCGGCUAUUGAACGCAGUAUUUCAGAUGGCCGUAACAUUUCGGUGGACGAAAGCCAUGCGGAAGAGGAUGAAGACGACGAUGCUCAGUCAUGUACGUAUCCGGAAGAGGUUGAAGAUGAUGAAGAUGAACCAGUCCAAGUAGAGGAAAAAAGCCAGCGCCGGAGACGCGUCCUUAGCACCGAUUCGGAGGAGGCUCAACCUAAACGUAAACGGGGUCGCAAGCCGGCUGAAAAGCCAAAGAGUCCAGUGCCAGCCAACGAUGUUGAAGAGGAAGCACCAAGCUCCUUAAAAACGGUACGUUCCAAGAAGGACAAAAAGAAACCGACACGACCGGUACAGGAGGAAGUUAAUAGUGAUGGGGAAGAACCAGUCAGUACUUCAAAACCUGCACGUUCCAAGAAGGAUAAAAAGAAACCGACACGGCAGAAGGACAUGAAUAUUGAUGGCGAAGAACCGCCAGCUAAGAAAACAAGAGCGUCUAGGACUCGGCCUUCCGUGGAAGAACUCAUAAGUGAUGAAGAUGAGCAACCAGCUGAAAGACCAGAAUCGUCUAGGGCUUCGGUUGAAGUCCUAGAAAGUGAUGAAGAAGAACAGCCAGCUAAAAAAACAAGAGCAUCCAGGACUCGGCCUUCAAUAGAAGAAUUGGGAAGUGAUGACGAAGAACUACCAGUUAAAAACACAAGAGCAUCUAGGGCUCGGACUUCAGUAGAUGAAAUGGAGAAUAAUGACCAAGAACAGCCGGCUAAAAAAUCAAGAGCGCGUGGUUCUCGGGCUCCACUGGAGGAAACUAAUGAAGACACUUCGUCUAAGAAAGCAAAAGAGACUCGAAAACCCAUAGAACCUGUUGCAAAAGAAAAGCCUUUAAUUAGAGUUCGCCUGGGUCUCUUGAGGUCUGGGAGGUCUAAACUAGAUUGA